CACCAGCCCGACCCCUUGCUCGAGUUGCACCCUGCUGUCCGAAGCAGGAAGUUAAGAAUGUAAAGUAUGCGGCGUCUCCUUUCAUUGAUUUAAUUUGCUCAUUUAUUUCCUUUUAUUUACGCUGUCUACCACAACAAGCACUUGGAGGUGUUAACUGUGCUUUCAUUGGGGUACAUGGCAUGAUAACCAAACUGUCUUUGGAGCAGAGGAAAUCAAACACAAGUUAUACUAAUGCAAAUGAUCAGUCCCAGAAUGGCCUCAGGAAUGCAAGAAAAACAGUUCACGCCAUGCCUGCUUAGCUUUUUCAUUUAUAACCCUACAUUUGGACCACGAGAAGGAGAAGAAGAGAAGAAGAUUUUGUUUUACCACCCAAAUGAUGUAGAGAAGAAUGAAAAAAUCCGGAACGUGGGCCUUUGUGAAGCCAUCGUACAGUUCACCAGAACAUUUUGUCCAACAAAACCAGCGAAAUCACUGCACACACAGAAGAACCGUCAGUUUUUCUUUGAGCCUGAGGAGAAUUUCUGGAUAGUGAUGGUGGUUCGAAAUCCAAUGAUUGAGAAACUGAAUAAAGAUGGCAAACCUCCCACAGUAGAAUACCAGGAAGAAGAAAUACUUGACACAGUUUAUGGCGCAGUUGUUAGACAGUGCUACAGUAUGUACAAGCUUUUUAACGGCACGUUUACCAGAGCGAUGGAAGCUGGUGGAGUGGAGAUGCUCAUCCAGAAACUUGAAAAGUUUUUCUACAGGUAUCUGCAGACGCUCCACUUGCAGUCUUGCGACCUGCUGGAUGUUUUUGGGGGCAUCAGCUUCUUCCCACUGGAUAAGAUGACCUACCUGAAAAUCCAGUCCUUUGUCAACAGAGUGGAGGAGAGCCUCAGUCUGAUCAAAUACACAGCUUUCCUGUACAACGACCAGCUCAUUUGGAGUGGACUGGAACAAGAUGACAUGCGGAUCCUGUACAAGUACUUGACCACCUCACUGUUCCCUAGACACUCGGAGCCCGAGCUGGCUGGCAGAGACUCUCCUCUGAGACCAGAGGUGGCAGGGAAUUUGUUGCACUAUGGGAGGUUUCUGACCGGACCUACGAAUCUCAAAGAUCCAGAGGCCAAAUUCCGAUUUCCUAAAAUAUUUGUCAGCACUCAGGACGGCUACGAGGAGCUGCACCUGAUCGUCUAUAAGGCGAUGAGUGCUGCUGCGUGUUUCAUGAUCAGUGCUUCUGUGGAGCUGACAAGAGAGUUCUGUGAAAAACUAGACGGCCUGGUCGGACCUCAGCUCACCCUGCUGGCAUCUGAUAUAUGUGAACAGUUCACCAUAAACCGCAGGAUAUCCGGGCCAGAGAAGGAGCCUCAGUUCAAGUUUAUCUACUUCAACCACAUGAACCUGGCAGAGAAGAGCACCAUCCACAUGAGGAAGACGGCCAGUGUUUGCCUGACCUCUGUCCAUCCUGACCUCAUGAAGAUCCUGGGAGACAUCAACUGUGACUUUGCCAGAGUUGAUGAAGACGAAGAAAUCAUUGUCAAAGCCAUGACGGACUACUGGGUCGUUGGCAAAAAAUCUGACCAGAGAGAAUUAUACGUGAUCCUCAAUCAGAAGAACGCCAAUCUGAUCGAAGUGAACGAGGCAGUCAAGAAACUUUGUGCGACACAAUUUAACAACAUCUUCUUCCUGGACUGAUAAAGAGACAGACGCAGCCAAGCCGUCAGUGUUUCAGGCUUCGACUGUAACUUCAGCUCAGCAAUGCAAUAACUGCAUUCUUAAAUAAAAAAAAAGAAUCCAUGAAUUUUUUUUAUUUAAUCUACAAAAAUCUCAUUUUGUAAUUAUGUGUAAACCUUUUUACUGUACAUGUGCUUUAUUUGUUCCUCUCUUUUCAUUGUACAUACAUGUAGGAUUUGGUUAACAGUUUUUCUUUUUUUUAUUGAACAUAUUGUAAUAAUGUCUCGCAUUAAUUUAAAAACAUGCACAGGACAGAUCUCUCCAGUGUCUCCAUCAUCAGCGCUGCAGCGGUUUUAAAUAUGAGAAUCAAUUUUGUCAAAAGUAUUGUUUGUAAAAAAAAAAAGCUUGAAAUAAAUUAUGAUUUAAU